CUCAGCUCUCUAGAGGAGGUGUAACCUAUUAGGGGUGAAUUGAGGAAGACUGUCCUAAGCAGAUGAUAAAAUGGCUGAUAAGUGUUGUCUGCUGGGACUGAUAAUUCUCUGUUCAUUUCUCAGAGGUAGUGAAGUGGAUGACCCUCAUGUGUUCUGCAGUUCUGGUGAAAAUGUCCGACUGCCCUGUAAUAAUGCUCUUUCUGACUGCACAUCAACUACAUGGAACUAUAACAGAAAUUUAGGGACAGUUGAACUGAUUAAAUUAGGUAUAAAGAAUGAAAUAGAGAGACGUGAGAGACUGAGUGUGGGCUCUGACUGCUCUCUGAACAUCAAGAAAGUCACAAAAGAAGAUUAUGGAUCUUACACCUGCCGACAAUAUGUGAAUGGACAACAACAAGGAACUGAUGCACGUGUUUAUCUGCAUUUUCUUCAUGUCUCUUCAUCAUCCUCACAGACUGAGAUCAGUCCAGGCAGCUCUGUGACUCUCUCCUGUCAGUUGUAUUAUUAUGGAGUCUCUUGUGAUACUUUGGUCCGUACUGAGGGAAUUCAGCUGAUCUGGGUGAAUCAGGCUGGUGUGAAUCUGCAGACAGACGCCAGAUAUCAGAUAUUAUUCUCCUCAACAAACUGUAUUAUCACUCUGACUACAACACUCCUGAAUGAAGAUCACAACAGAGAGUGGAGAUGUCAGGUUAAACAGAGAAAUGAACAGAAGACCUCAGCCACAUACACUGUCAAGUAUUCAGAUUACGUCUCCAACUCUAAGGAUCCCUCAACAACAAAAACAGACAUUUCCACACAAGCGAUCAUCAUUUCUGCUGUGGUUGCUGUAUUAGCUGUUGUCCUUGUUGCUGUUCUUUCGGUGAUCUGUAAAAAAAGACCUGAUAAUCAGAGAGGGACUGACGGCUCUGUGGUGAGUUCGGUCAAAGAUCAAUAUGAACAUAAAGGGACCUAUGAAACAAUCAACAUGUUCAUUCCUACUACGCCAAACACCAAUGAACAAACAGAUGAUGUGACCUACACUGAGGUUACUGCUUCCAGUAAAAAACAAGUACAGAUUGACAAUAAUCAUUCUAAUGAUACAGUGACCUACGCUGCCAUCAGAAGAACAGAAUAGGCACCUCAGGAUGGACUUUACCCCACUCUGAACACCCCCAACACAAAUAAACAUUUCCAGCAGGCACACAACAUCACAGGACAAUGACAUUAGGUUAAAGGGUUAGUUCACCCAGGUGUAUUCAGCCCAUGAUUUACUCACCCUCAAGGCAUCCUAGGUGUAUAUGACUUUCUACUUUUAGACGAAUCCAAUCAAAAUGUCCUGGCUCUUCCAAGCUUUAUAAUGGUAGUGGGCAGGUGUUUUUGUUCAACAAAAGAAGUCCAAUAAAGAGCAUCCAUCCAUAAAAAAGAGUGCCUCACAUGGUUCCAGGGGGUAAAUAAAGGCCUCCUGUAGGGAAUCUAUGCAUUUUUUGUAAGAAAAAUAACCAUAUUUAAAACAUUAUAUGUGCUAUGCCGAGGUCCUAUGCCUUCCACCCGAAAGAGCUUGCGCAUAUGACAGUUAGCGCAAGCUAGAGAAAACUGUUUAUAGCGUUUUAAAUACGGAUAUUUUUCUUACAAUAACACAUUGAUUCGUUACAGGAUGCCUUUUUUCACCACUUGGAGCUAUGUGAGAAACGUUUUAUUAUGGAUGGAUGCACUUUAAUUGGACUUCUUUUGGACUGUUGUACAAAAACACCCACCCACUGCCAUUAUAAAGGUUGAAAGAGUCAGGACAUUUUUUAAUAUAACUCCAAUUGAACUCCAAAAGAAAUUCUCAUUCGCCUAGGAUGCCUUGAGGGUGAGUCAAUCAUGGCCUAAUUUUCAUUUUUUGAUGAACUAACCCUUUAAAUUUUGGUUGCAACAUCAGGUGAUCAAAAUUCAAUGUCAAUUCAACACAGUAAUUUGAUGUCUAACACCGACGUCAGCCGAUGUUGAUUAUUUGUUGUUUUUAGGUCGCGUAACCAAAAUCCAACAGUAAGUCAACGUCAAAUGGACAUAAAAUACUGACAUCGACCCAAUUUUUAUUCCCAACCACUAUAUCUGUCGAUAUCUGUUAUAUUGAUGUCCGGUGCCUGCUGGGAUUUGCUGGGAAGUCAGAAAUUAUGUAAGUCAUUGCAUGACUUCUUAUUAAGAGAUUUUAUUUUUUUGGCAUUUAUGUAUUCAUGAGAGUCAUUGAAUGUUAAGAAAAAUAGCUUUUAUAUUAAAUAUUUGUUAAAUGUAAUGUGAAAAUGUACAAACACAGUUUAAAAGGAAAGUGCUGUUAAGUUUGCCAGGUAAAUAGUGUGAGCAUUGCAUUAAAUUGUAUUCAAAUUAUAUUUUUCUUAAAACACAAAAGUGUUUGUUUCUUCAAUUCCAGUAGUUCCAGUAUUAUCUCAGAAUUUUCAGGUGUAUCCUGGUAGUUUCUUAUGUUCAGUUACCAAGAGUGUGUGAAAAUACUUAAAUAAAUAAUGAUUUAUUUAAA